AUGGGUUCUAAGAGAAGAUUUUCAGGUUCGCAGCAUGAACAUGCUGAUCCAGUUGCAACCUCGAUUCCCGAACAUGCAGCUGAGAUAGCCGAGGAUUUGACAAAGAAGCACCCUAUUCCACCGGAGGAACCACUUGUUCAUCAUGAUGCGGGCGAGUUUAACGGCCUAGUACGUCACAAGACUACUGUUGAACAGGCUAACAAGUUAGAGACUGGUAAAAUCAACCCAUUCACAGGUAACCAAUUCAGUGAGAAAUACUUUGGUAUUCUGAAAGUGAGAAAAGAUCUUCCGGUUCAUGCACAGAGAGCUGAGUUUCUAAAGAUUUACCAGGAGAACCAGAUUAUGGUCUUUGUUGGUGAAACUGGUUCCGGUAAGACCACUCAAAUCCCACAAUUUGUAUUGUUCGAUGAGAUGCCCCACUUAGAAAACACUCAGAUUGCAUGUACCCAGCCUCGUCGUGUUGCUGCAAUGUCUGUUGCACAAAGAGUUGCUGAAGAAAUGGAUGUCAAGUUAGGUGAAGAGGUUGGUUACUCUAUCAGAUUUGAAAACAAGACCUCCAACAAGACUAUAUUGAAAUAUAUGACAGACGGUAUGUUAUUGAGAGAAGCUAUGGAGGACCAUGACCUAAAGAGAUACUCAUGUAUUAUUCUAGAUGAAGCGCACGAACGUACUUUGGCAACAGAUAUUUUAAUGGGUUUGAUCAAGCAAGUUGUGUUAAGAAGACCUGAUUUGAAGAUUAUUGUCAUGUCUGCUACUUUAGAUGCCGAAAAAUUCCAAAACUACUUCCAUAACGCUCCUUUACUGGCCGUUCCAGGUAGAACAUACCCAGUUGAAUUGUACUAUACUCCAGAAUUUCAAAGAGAUUACCUGGAUUCUGCCAUCCGUACUGUUUUGCAAAUUCAUGCUACAGAGGAAGCUGGUGAUAUACUUCUCUUCUUAACUGGUGAAGAUGAAAUUGAAGACGCAGUUAGGAAGAUAUCUCUAGAAGGUGAUCAAUUGGUUAGAGAAGAAGGCUGCGGGCCACUUUCGGUUUAUCCCCUAUACGGUUCAUUACCACCUCAUCAACAACAAAGAAUUUUUGAACCUGCACCUGAAUCACAUAAUGGUAGACCUGGUAGAAAGGUUGUCGUUUCCACAAAUAUUGCAGAAACAUCGUUGACCAUUGACGGUAUUGUUUAUGUUGUUGACCCAGGUUUCUCAAAACAAAAGGUGUAUAAUCCUAGAAUAAGGGUCGAAUCUUUGUUGGUUUCACCAAUUUCUAAGGCUUCUGCUCAACAAAGAGCUGGUAGAGCAGGUCGUACUAGACCAGGUAAGUGUUUCAGACUAUAUACUGAAGAAGCAUUUCAAAAGGAGCUUAUUGAACAAAGUUACCCAGAAAUUCUACGUUCAAACUUGUCAUCAACCGUUUUGGAGUUAAAGAAACUAGGUAUCGAUGACUUGGUCCAUUUCGAUUUCAUGGACCCACCAGCUCCAGAGACAAUGAUGAGAGCGUUGGAAGAACUAAAUUAUCUUGCCUGUCUUGAUGACGAAGGUAAUCUGACCGCCUUAGGUAGACUUGCAUCACAAUUCCCAUUGGAUCCAAUGCUGGCUGUAAUGCUAAUUGGUGCUUUUGAAUUCAAGUGUUCCCAGGAGAUAUUAACAAUUGUUGCUAUGCUUUCUGUUCCUAAUGUAUUCAUCCGUCCAUCUAAGGACAAGAAGCGUGCUGAUGACGCCAAGAACAUUUUUGCUCACCCGGAUGGUGACCACAUUACUCUUCUAAAUGUCUACCAUGCUUUCAAGUCAGACGAAGCGUAUGAGUACGGUAUCAAUAAGUGGUGUCGUGACCAUUACUUGAAUUACAGAUCCCUAUCGGCAGCUGAUAACAUCCGUUCACAGUUGGAAAGACUAAUGAUACGUCAUAACUUAGAGCUAAACACUACUGAUUAUGAGAGCCCUCAAUAUUUUGACAACAUCAGGAAGGCACUGGCUGCAGGUUUCUUUAUGCAAGUCGCGAAGAAGAGAUCCGGUGGUAAGGGUUACAUUACAGUUAAGGACAACCAGGACGUAUUAAUCCACCCAAGUACGGUGUUGGGCCACGAUGCAGAGUGGGUUAUUUACAAUGAAUUUGUGCUUACAUCAAAGAAUUAUAUUAGGACAGUCACCUCGGUAAGACCUGAAUGGUUGAUCGAACUGGCACCAGCAUAUUACGAUCUAGACAACUUCCAAAAGGGUGAUGUCAAGCUUUCAUUGGAAAGAAUCCAAGAGAAGGUAGAAAGAAUGAAGGAACUCAAGAAAGGUAAGGAUAAAAAGAAAAGCAAGAAGAAAUAA